AAAUUGGUGUAAACAAGCAUAAUAAAGAUUAACUCUUAGUCAUUUUUUUCAAGAUAAGAGCAAUAUGUUAUAGUUUUGAUAAUAACAGGUGUUAGUAUUGAACAGUCAUUGAUAAAUAAAUGAGUAAUUUGGGAGUUCUUAAGUUAUUAUUUUUUUAUCGAAAACAUUAAAAGACAAAAUUUACAUAUUUUAGUAAACUCUUUUUCUAGGAUGUUUGUUUACUUAUCUAGUAUUUAUAAAUUGGAAUAAUUUGAACACCUUAAAUUUUGGUGAAUCAAAAUAUUGCCAUUUCAUUAAUGAGUAGAGUUAAUAUAUCUGAUUUGUUUACUAAUAUUAACUACGGUACUAUGGCACCUAAUCGAAAGUAUGCAUUGUUUAAUAACCGUGAAGAGUCUGUACCAAUUGGAUCACUCAAUAUUCUAUCUGCUAAAUAUGAAAGUUUAGAUUAUGAAGUUGUUGAAAAUUAUGUUUAUCGUGAUGAAGAACGCAAAAAAGGAUACAAGUUUGUUGUUAAGAAAAAUUUUGCACGUUGGGUAACAUUCUUUUGGAUUGGUUUAAUUACGGCCACCAUUGGAAUUAUCAUUGAUUUAUCUAUUGAAGUAAUUGCUGGUUUUAAAUUUAGCCAUGUUAAAAAAAGUAUAGAUAAUUGUGGCCAAUAUAAUUGCUUAUGGAAACCCUACCUGUUAUUAUUGGUUUUUAAUAUUGUUCCCGUUUUCAUUGGAUCAAUGUUAGUUUCAUAUGUUGAACCUGUUGCUUUAGGAUCUGGUAUUCCUCAAGUUAAAUGUUACUUAAAUGGUGUAAAAAUACCUAGGUUAGUAAGAAUUAAGACAUUAUUUGUGAAAGUAAUUGGAGUGAUCACUACAGUAGUAGGUGGUAUGUGUGGAGGUAAGGAAGGUCCUAUGAUUCAUGCUGGAGCAGUUGUAGCUGCUGGAAUUUCUCAAGGGAAGAGUACUACUUUCAACACUGAUUUUGGCGCGUUUAGUUAUUUUAGAGAAGAUCAUGAAAAAAGAGAUUUUGUAUCUGGUGGAGCUGCUGCUGGUGUUGCAGCAGCUUUUGGUUCACCAGUAGGGGGAGUAUUAUUCAGUUUAGAAGAAGGUGCUAGCUUUUGGAAUCAAGGACUCACCUGGAGAAUUUUUUUUGCAUCUAUGAUAUCAACAUUUACUUUAAACUCAGUUUUAAGUGCAUACCAUGGACAUCCAGGUGAAUUAACCUUUUGGGGGUUAUUGAAUUUUGGUAAAUUUGUUGAUUUUGCACUAUCUUAUACUAUGUAUGAAUUGCCAAUUUUUGUUUGUAUGGGUAUUAUUGGUGGACUAUUAGGAGCAUUAUUUUGUCAUUUAAAUUAUAAACUAACUGUUUUUAGAAUGAGAUAUUUGGUAAAUCCAUGGAAGAAAGUAUUAGAAGCUAUUUUUGUAUGUUCAUUUACUGCAACUGUUGGAUUUUUGCUAUCUUUGUGGCAAAACAGUUGUAAACCACUUGGUUUAGAUCCCACGAAAGACCCUUUACAGCUGAACUGUAAUGAUGGAGAAUACAAUUCAAUGGCAUCACUGUGGUUUCAAGUUCCAGAGGCUUCUGUAAGAUCCUUCUUUCAUGAUCCAACAGGAUCAUUUGAUUCUUCUACUUUGGCAUUGUUUGCCAUUGCUUAUUAUUCGUUAACAGUUUGGACUUAUGGACUCAGUGUUAGUGCAGGUAUAUUUAUACCUUGUUUAGUAACAGGUGCAGCAUGGGGUCGACUGAUAGGAAAUAGUGUUCAAAAUUUGUUUCCUGCCACGGAUGUUGGAAGGUAUGCAUUAAUUGGAGCUGCAUCACAACUUGGAGGUGUUGUACGUAUGACAAUUAGUCUCACUAUUAUAUUGAUUGAAGCAACUGGUGAUAUAACAUUUGGUUUACCACUUAUGAUAACUUUGCUAACAGCAAAAUGGAUUGGUGACUAUUUUACUGAGAGUAUUUAUGACGUUCACAUUCAACUAAGUGGUAUACCACUAAUGGCUUGGGACCCACCUUCAUUAUCUUCAAAUAUAUAUGCAAGUGAAGUUAUGUCCCAUCCUGCAACUGUUUUUAAAAGUAAAGAAACGGUUGGAAAGAUUGUUGAUACACUUAAAAAGUAUACCUAUAAUGGAUUUCCAGUUGUUGAUGAUGUUUAUGCUAGCGAAACAGAAGAAGGUAAUUAUAAACCAAAUGGACGAUUACGUGGUCUUAUACUUCGAUCUCAGCUCAUUGUUCUAUUAAAAAACAAAGUAUUCAAUGAAGUACCUGCUGCUUGGGAUGAUGUUACUUUAACUACAUUUAGACAAGAUUAUCCUCGAUAUUCAGAUAUUGAAAGUGUUGAAAUAUUAGAUAGUGAGCGAAACUAUACAGUCGAUCUGCUAAGGUUUAUGAAUCCAUCCCCUUAUGUGGUACAACAUAUGGCAUCAUUACCGAGGAUAUUCCGUCUAUUUAGAGCUAUGGGAUUAAGACAUAUUGUAGUUGUCAAUGACUCAAAUGAGGUUGUUGGUGUGGUAACUCGUAAAGAUUUAACUCGUUAUAGAGAAUGGAGACAUCGAGGUCAAAUUGGUGUAGAAGAACUUAAAAUUUCUUCAAAAAUUUAAUGACUAUUGUUAAAAAUCAAUUGUAGAUAAUCAAAAUGAGUUUCAAAAUUUUAAAAGAUUAAAUAAAAAAUGUAUACACUGUAAGUGAUAAAGUAUAUUUUGAAUAAAUUCUUAAUAUAUAAAACAUUCAUUUUAAAUAUUUAGUUUUAGUUUCAUUUUAUAAAUUUCAAAAAUACAAUUUUGUGAUUAUUUAAUCAUUAGUAUUUGUAUGUGAUGUAUUUUAAAAUUAUUUGUUAUAUUAAAUAAUCAUAAAAUAUUUGUUUUGUCGAGGCUCUAUUUAUAGAAAAAAAUAUAUGUUUGUAUUUGUUUUGAAACAUGGUUUUAUGAAGGAUUAAACACUUUAUUUUACUACAUUAUUUUUGAUAAAACAGAAAUAACACAAUUUAAUAAUACUCAAAAAUGCAUAAUUAGUAAAUAUAGAUAAAUGGAAUAUGUUAUGUUUAAUUAAAAUAUUGUUUCAUGAAAUCAUCAAAAAUGUCACUUUUUAAAUAUACAAAUAGGCUAACCGUCAAAGGAAUUAUUGAGAUGAUCUAAAAGUAAUUUUAUUUACCCACAACAAGAAGAAAUAAGGUUGUAUAACUUGUUUAAGAAUUGAAGGUUCUAUAAUUAUAUUGUCCCUCGUGUUGCUGUCCUAGUCUACAUCUGUAGUUUCAUUUUUAAAUUCUAUGAUCCAUGCCAGUGUUAAAAAAAGGUAAAACCUUAUUUGUUAAAUAUAAAUGAAACCUAUACAUCUUAUAUGUUAUAACA